GCGUCCCACAAGAACCAGAACGUGGAGUACUGGUCAGUAACCCUACAGAACUGGCUUCCAGCCAAAAUCGUCGAUUCCAGGGGGACUUACUUCGACCGAGAUCUAAGGUUCAACGCUCUGAACUACGAUGUGUAUGUGCGGUCGGUCGGGGAGUUACUGCGCGGCGUUGCGAUGGAAACGUUGCGCUUACCGAUCGUUGAAGGUGAAUCGGUGAGCGUGUUUUCGCGUAAGCACGGUAAGUCUUUGAUCCGCAAGGCGAUCCGCCUUGAUGCCGAUCCGAUGAACGGGUACGACAUCGAGCUGGAGGACGAACUCGCCGACGAUGGGGAGACAUACAUCACGUCUGAGCUGCAGAAGGAUCUGGAGAACGUCGGCACGAAGAAGGAGGGCGAAGCAUCUGGCAGAAGCUCGGUGAGGCCGCCUAAAGUCCUGGCCCCGACGAGCAUGCCGGAGCAGGGCGUAGCAGAGUGCAGGCUGAUCAAGAGCAUGCCAGCCAAGCAG